AUGGCGCCGAAAGCCUCGCCGCUGAUGACGGGGCUCUAUGUGCUGGCGCUCUUGGUGUGUGGCUCUUUGAAUACACUCACCAUGAAGAUAGCCUUUACCAUGUCGGGCACCGUCGAUGGUCACAGCCAACGCUUUGAGAAGCCCUGGUUCAUCACCUUUGUGAUGUUUGUGGCGAUGUGCUUGGCUUUGCCCUGUGACAAAAACAUGUGGAAAUCCACCAAGAUGGUGGCGGAGCCGCUCUUGGACAACGUGCACAUGUCCCGCGAUGCAGUUCAGAUGACCUGGAGACAAAAGGUGGUUCGAGUCAUCGCCCCGGCGGUCUUCGACAUCGGCGCCACCGGCUUGUGCUGCAUUGGAUUCCUUUACAUCCCGGCCAGUGUGUGGCAGCUGUUGCGAGGUGCAGAGAUCGUCUUCGCCGCCAUCUUCUCGGUCUUUUGUCUCAACCGCCGCUUGUACGUCUUCCACUGGCUCGCCCUGCUCUUCUGCGUCUCCGGUAUCGUCUCUGUGGGCCUCGCCAGUGUUUGGGGCGACGAGGAACAGGCCUCUGCGAAGGGCACGGCUGCUGGAGUGGGUCUUCAGGUCUUGGGCAUUGGAUUGGCCUUGGCGGGGCAAGUUGUCCAAGCGGCUCAGGUGAUUGCGGAAGACGCCCAGACUGGAAUUUGA